AAGAGUCAAAUUGUUUGUGUGUUAAGAAAGUUACUUUAUCAGCAUAUUUGGUCAGUAGCUAAAUCAAAGGCAUGGAGGUUAUUGCUCUAUGUCUCCCCCUAGUGGAGUAACAGAGACUAGUGCGUUUUUUUUCUUUCUCUUGAAACUUUCAAUUCAAUUAUGGGCCAAAUUUUAAUUUUUCCAAAUUUUAGUGGACUGGAUCGUGCUCUAAGCCACAAUUUGUACACAGACUAUGCACACUAAAGGUACAAGGUAAAGUCUCAUGAUAAUACAGUACAGAUUGGUCCCUCUAUUUCUGACAGUUUGGACAAUUUCACUUUGGAGACCAAAGCUAUUAUAGUAACUUAUAAAAUGCUGCACUUGUUAUAUGUUGUAUUUUUUCCCCUUCACCUUCAGCUCUAGUAUAUAUUCCAUAUUGGAGCAGCUUUAAAAUAGACAGAUCAGGAAAUGUGCUGGUGGAACAGGACAAAGAGAGGAUGCACUCCUGCCAUCACCAGCUAUCUCUCUCCUCCUCCCUUCCUUUGUAGGAUGAUUAUGAUGGAGAAAAUGUGUGUAUGUGUGCAUGGAAACAUCCAAAAUUUCCUUAAAUAGACAUCAGGAGGGGAAAAAAGUUUUUGCUGGUUACCACCUCAGCUUCCAGAGCAGAAAUCUGUGGCUCAAUGGAUCAACAUCUAACAGCAUUCAAGAAUAAACCAUUAUAUAUUGUUUAGUUUAAGAAUUAUUUUUUCUUUGUGUCUGUAAGGAAAUGUUCUCCAAUAUCAGAGUGGGUUUUAAGCAGACCUUUGGAAGAACCAGUCAAAGAGAAGUCGCCUGCAUGGUUUUGAUGUUCGGUCGGCUACAGGCGCUCUUUCCCAGCGAAGCCACUCCUCCCAGACGCUCAGAAGAACAACAUGGUCCGGGUGACAUCCCCCUCUUCCCAGGAAUCCCGAUAACCACACCGUUAACCACAACAAGCAUCAGCACUGAAGAGAAACCAAUGGCAAGCACAUGUGAUAUAUACUGCUCCAUGUGUGACGAGACUCCGUUUUCGAGGGUUGAGUGCUACUCUGAAUUCCUAGCAUACUGCCACAAAACGUUUCAGAGUGAGAUGGAGAGCAUCAACGCCUCCGACUGGUGCACGUGGGACAAUGUGAAAAGUCCCUAUAACAAGUUCACCAUGUGUUCGGAGGACAUUGCCGAGUGCCUGGCGCUCCCGUGGCCCAACAGGCUGGUGGAGAACAUGUUUGUGGAAAUCCAUUCCUCCUUUUUCCAAGAGUGUCCGACCGAGACGCUCCGGGAUCCGCCGCCCAACGUCAUCUUCGCCCUCGUCAUGACCCCUAUAUGUCUUAUCCCGGCCAUGGUGGUGCUCGUCGUGCUAAAAACCAAGAACGGAGACAGGAGGUCAUAAAGAUCUGCCUCAGUUCCGCGGAUUAGCUCCAUCUGCCCUUUUCCUGGGAAAAAAACUGGCACUCGCUCUUCUGCUUUUAGACGUGAAGAUCUUUCUGUCCAAAAACCCGACAGUUGUCCUGUUUCCAUCUACAUACUACGUGAAUUGAAAUAUGGCUUAUACAGUAGCCAGAAUAUCCAAAAAUAUAUUGUUGAUCUUGGUUCAAAGCUUUGUUUUUAUGAUUCUAAUUAAUGAUUAGUACAAUCACCAGUGUUAGCUUCAUGCAAACAUAUAUCAUCUUGACAAGUUUUUAAAUAAUGGCUUAGGAACUUCCAUCAACUCAACUGGGAUGAAGUUGGGUAAGUAAAUUAAGUCAAGAUAAAUUCAUCAAUUGCUCCAGGAUGCUUCCAAGAACCGUGUUUUUGUUGCCUGAAAACGUACAUGACAAGGCUAAAAUGUGUUAGCUAACAUAACGGAAUGUAAAAUAUGCUGAGUUAAUUAGUUAGCUAGGUAAGUGUAUUUACACAGAUGUAAAGAAAUAAGUACAUAAACAUAAUCCUGAUCAAAUUUCUAAAUAGUACGUUAUGUUUUGCCGAAAAGGCAACAAAUCAUCGUCUACAAUUUCAGCAGUCGUCUUCCCUCCUCACAUCGGAAGUGAAAUAUUAUUUGAGUUUGGAUAGAACCUUCAUUUUCUCUCAGUUUGUGUAACUGCAAGGUGUGUGUGUUGUGCAUAGAAUUUAGUUCCACGUUGUUGGUUUCACAUUUUUCGAUUUUAUCCGUGUUUCCGCGUACAUUUGUUUUCUGAUAGCGAAAUGAUCGUCUUUCAUCUGUGCAUGCUAAUUAAUCCCGCUAGUAAAAAUGUUCUGCUAGUGAAAAGUUUGUUUUGAAAAUGUUCCUUCUGCAAACGUUUGUUUUGAAAACAUUCAUUUUGCGAAAGGUAACUUUGAAAGCGUUUCUUUUGCAAAAGUUAAUUUUUUUUUUUUUUUUUUAAAUUUCUCCAAAUAUCUAUCAAAUAAUUUUUCAGAUUUUUUUUCCAGAAAUUUUUAUUAUCAUUUUUUUUUUAAAAAAAAGCUCUACAUUUUUUUUCACACCGCAUUUAUAUGGAAACAGAGCUACUGUGUCAGUGCUAUGAAGAUCACACAUACCCAUCACAUCUUUUUGAUUUUGAUUCUUAGAAUGUUUAACCCUUAGCAAAAAAAAAUUGCCGAUUAAGAAAAUUCAUUUUGACGUUAAAAACACAUUCAGAAGCUUCCGGAAUUUGUUCGAUCGUCUGCUUUCGUGCUUCUGACGUCGUUUUGUUUAAGACACUAAUUCACUCAUUUUUAGUCUCACAACCUGCUUCGGAUAUUAUCAUUAAGAUGAGCGUUACCAUGUUAGAACCCUGAGUGCUGAGUGCUGGUCCAAGCCUCUCAUUAACACCAUCAUAAACCACUGAAGCCUUACUCCAUGUACUGUAAGACCUUUUUUUUUUUUUAAAUAGUUCGUAUUUUUAUAAAAGUUUCAGUCUUGUCAAGUGACAAAGGCCAAAUUGCUGGCUUGUGUAUGAUUAAUAAUCUCAAUGUGUAUUUUAUGAUUUUUCGGACCCAAGUCAUUAGCGGUGACUGUAGGUUUUUUUUUUGUAAUAGGACGACUAAAAGAGAAUUUCAUCCUUUUUUUUUUUUUUUUUUUUUUAAUAUUUAGCCCAAAAUAAUUGUCUGCCACUGAUACAAGCUCAGGAUAUAUAUAUAUAUAUAUAUAUAUAUAUAUAUAUAUAUAUAUAUAUAUAUAUAUAUAUAUAUAUAUAUAUAUAACCAAUCAGGAACAUCAAAGUAUCAUCUUGCUACAAAUGAGAAAAUCUUGCUCUAGUGUUUUUUCGUGCAAGUGCCAAUUUUUAAACAAACAAACAAACAAACAAAAAAUCUGACAAUUUUAAAAUUAUGAUCAUAAGAUAAACGUAACCACCAGAGGCAGAUGGGAGACAUUGUAUUGCUCUGAUUUGCCAAAUCCAUGACUAUAUGUAUGGCUUCAGAUUGGACAAUAGGCUCGUUUCAAUACAUCGAGCUUUAAAAAAACCUCUGAAGUCUAAUGUUGUUCUAGAAGAAAUCGGACUGAGGCUGUCCGGUGUGCGAGUGGAGCUCCGUGUAGCUGAACUUGCUCAGUAAUGGUUUAAAUUCAACGUUGUUGUUUAUUUUUGUGGAUAGAAAAACAAGAGCACCAGCAGCACACAGAGGCUGCGUCUGACUUCUUUCUAGAGCAGACUGUAGAUUCAUCAGUCAAGUCAUAUUAUUGUAAUAGUGUCAUGACGAGCUGGAUUUAUUUCUUCACUGAUUUGUCAUGGAUUGGAUUAGAUUCAAGAUUCGAUUCGAUUGUGCUAACUAAAAUAACAUCAGAUCAAUAAAACAAACAAAAUAAAAAAAGGUGUAUCCUUAUCCUUUCCAUCUUGUUUCAGUGGCAGACACCAGAUUUUUGAUAUAUGUUGAGUGCUGCAGGGAUGAGGUUAAGGCUAAUCCAGAUGUUAGCAUCCCCGUUUCCUUCACUGAACAACCGCUUUUGGAUUUUUGUGUGAAAUGAGCAACAAACGUUUAGGAUUCUUACACGUUUUGUUCAAGAUAUCUUGAUCACAUCACUCUGUCUGUUUUUAACACCUAAAAGUGUGAAAACAUCACGAGUGAGGAUUCACUGAUGGAUUUUAUGUCAGAAAAAAAAAACUUCAGGCUUUUAACCAAAAAUAAAUACAUAAUAAUCAUAAUAAUAAUAAAAAGACACUGAGUUCAGGACGAUGGAUCAGGAAGGAAGUACAAAAAUGUGAACUCAUUCCUGCAGCACUUUAUAUCCAACCAAACGAAAUGGGUGGAAUUUUUUUUCAGGAUCCAUGGACUCACAUAACGUCUCAAUUUAUCGGUAUAUUUUUGGACGACAAUGCAACAACUGUUCUGUCAGUCAGCAGCUUACUGAUUUUAUUCUCAAAGGUUUAAAGGUUUUAGUGCAAAGCAAAAAUGGUUGCUUGAUUGCAUUCAAACCCCGUAGCUGCCCUUGCAGGGUUAUUGAGCCAGAAACCAAACGAUUAACCCUCAGUUACUCAUCCCUGUGCUCAGAUCGUCUGGUUUAGAGUUUUCCGAGAGUUUUUCGACCUCACGGCCGCUUCGUUGUAACAUCCAGAGUAAUUUAGUGCAGAAGAGGUGAAAGGUUAAGGGUCAGAGAGGUGGCGUGGGAACAUCGUAACUGGAAAUCCAGCUGGAAUGAAAGCAUACCUGUGUGAAUAUAUUAUAUAUAUAUAUAUAUAUAUA